CGUCUGAACUUUGAACCCCUACCAUAGCACUGAAUUUUGUUUUCCAAGUUUUAGCAUCUUCCCCACGCCUCUCUCUCUCUCUCUCUUUUUUCCCCUGCAAGCCCAACGUCUUUUGAUCCACUUCAUUCGAAGAAGGAUCACUACAACCUUCAAUCAGUGUUGAGAGAUCAGACCGGCGAUGCUGGGCAUUGUGAGGCGAAGAGUCUCUUCUGGAGGCUCGUCUUCUUUGAUAUUAGGGCAAUCGUUCCGUGGUGUAUGGCCUGCAGUAUCGACACCUAGGAUUUUCGCAACUUCAGGAGACGAGGUAUUACACAAUUCAAGAGGAUUCGGAAAUGUUCGAAAUUUGUGCCACCUCAUUUUUCCAGGAUGCUCGCCAAGUUUAAGGCCAAUAAGUGGAUUUACGGCCAGCAUUCAGCCGGAGGCUACCUUGCUACAAUACAGGCUGUUUUCUUCCGACAAUGGUGAUCUGGUUGAUGCUGUUGUCCCAUUUAUGGGUGAAUCAAUAAGCGAUGGAACUCUGGCAAAAUUUUUGAAGAAUCCUGGUGACAGAGUAGAAGUUGAUGAGCCAAUUGCUCAAGUUGAAACAGAUAAGGUGACUAUUGAUGUUGCAAGUCCUGAAGCGGGUGUUAUCCAAGAGUAUGUAGCCAAAGAAGGGGAUACUGUGGAACCCGGUACUAAGAUUGCUGUCAUUUCAAAGUCUGCCGAAGGUGUAACCCAUGUUGCUCCAUCGGAGAAGACGUCAGAAAAAGCUGAUUCAAAGCCACCUCCCCCUGCUGAAAAGAGUAAAGAGGAUAAACAGAAGCCUAAAGUUGAAAGCACUCCUGUUAUAGAGAAGCCUAGGACAACUUCUGGCCCUCCUCCUCCGAAACGCUCUGCUACCGAACCCCAGCUUCCUCCUAAAGAAAGGGAAAGACGAGUUCCCAUGACAAGGCUCAGAAAACGGGUAGCAACACGUUUGAAAGAUUCUCAAAACACAUUUGCGUUGUUGACAACGUUUAAUGAAGUGGAUAUGACUAAUUUGAUGAAACUCCGCUCUGACUACAAAGAUGCAUUUGCUGAAAAACAUGGCGUAAAGUUGGGACUUAUGUCUGGGUUUGUGAAGGCUGCUGUUAGUGGGCUUCAAAAUCAACCUAUUAUCAAUGCUGUAAUUGAUGGGGAUGAUAUCAUAUACAGAGACUAUAUAGAUAUCAGCAUAGCUGUUGGCACUUCCAAGGGCCUUGUUGUUCCAGUUAUCCGCAAUGCUGAGAAUAUGAAUUUUGCGGAGAUAGAGAAAGAGAUCAACACUCUUGCUAAGAAGGCUAGUAAUGGAACUAUAUCAAUUGAUGAAAUGGCUGGAGGGUCUUUCACAAUCUCGAAUGGUGGUGUUUAUGGAAGCCUCUUAAGCACCCCCAUCAUCAACCCCCCUCAGUCUGCAAUCCUGGGUAUGCAUUCGAUAGUGUCCCGUCCAAUGGUUGUUGGAGGCGACAUAGUUCCGAGGCCAAUGAUGUACAUUGCCCUGACAUAUGAUCAUCGGCUGAUUGACGGGAGAGAGGCAGUGUUUUUCCUCCGCCGCAUCAAGGAUGUGGUGGAGGAUCCUCGGAGGUUGCUUCUUGAUAUAUAAAGAAACAUCUACUGCUGGCAUUCGGUUAAGUGGUUUGCUGGUGUAUUUGGAGCCAAACAGACUGAUCGUUCUAUUGAAGUUGAAUAAAUGCCUAGGAGAAGUUUUUUGUUGGUUCUCCUCUUUAGCGAGCUCUUCAACUGCGGCUAGCCAUGUUCACAUUUGAAAUGAGUAACUUUGUUGCAAUACAGUUUCAGGUUUAUAUUGCUAAAAAAUCUUCUACUUACUGCUCCUUACUUUUAAGCGCUGGGGUGCAGAUUGAUGAGAAUUCAGAGAUAAUAUUCAAGAACAUGUAUGCAACCAAUGUCAAUUGUUUUGUGGAUGUUACUUUAAUUACGCCAUUAAAUUUACAAUGAAUUAUCUUCCGUGCA